AUGCUGAGCAAAAGUUUAAACGGUCUGGAGGAUCAGUUUGACAAAAGGUAUUCGAAAGUGAAAGGUGGCUGGAAAAGGGCUUUGGGCGCCCGGAGCUUAUCUAGGCACCUGGACGUCCGGACGGUCGAAGGUACUCCAGGCGCUCGAGUCAGUGGCUAUGAGGGUGAGCCCAGGCAGCUAGCCUUCGUCACCUUGGGCACCCGGAUGGUCCAAGCGCCCGAAGUUGCUCCAGGUGCCUGGACCAGCAAAACUUCAUUCGCAGGCUCAGUUGGAGAUCGUCUGGUCUAUCCACAUCACAUGUCCAAGCACCCAGACCUAUCUGGGCGCCUGGAGAUGGAUAAAAUUCACAAGAUGAAGUUUCGACAAGAGCACGCCACAUUAAACCAGUGGGGGCACCCGGGGUGGGUCAUAUUGGAGCAAUUUGGAUACUACUCCAGUUGCUACGUGAUCCCAAAGGACCCGCUUUCGACCGCAAACGGCGGCGCGGCGGCCGCGGAAAUGUUCACUGGUCUCGGUCAUCAUCUCCGCUUCCUCAGACGCAUCUUCGCACUCGAAAUUCCUUCCCGUUCGGUUCCUCUUCCUCCUUUCCCCGUUCCAUCGAACCCCUUCUCCGUCACGCUGACAGAGGCUGCCGUCGGAUCUCUUCUCCGCCCUCCGUCCUUCUAUCUUCACCGAAUGAGGAGGCGAAUUCCGACGGAAAGGAUCCAAUUUUGCACUCUUACGGCGCAACCUGAGCAUUCCGAUGCCAGCCCUUAUCUUUCCGUUCGCAUUCGGUGCCUCAAGCGCGACGCUGAUAUGCUUUCUGAUGCUUUAUUGUGCUUUGGUGCCAAUUCUGCUAGUAUGGAUGAAUUAAGUGAUUCCCAUGAUCUUGAUGAGAUAUGGAUAACCUGCAUAUUUGCAGAUCACCAAGAUGUGCAUACAUGCAUUUCACAGGCCGUUGGCUCAUUUGGUUUGAACUAUGUGCCUAAGUAUGAAAUCUCAGCUGGAAAAAUCUGUGACUGGACAACAAAUGUACAGGAAAGUUUUCAUCCAAUUGAAGUUGUUACUGGUCUAUGGAUUGUUCCCAAAUGGAGAGAACCCCCGGAUUUACAAGCGACAAAUAUAAUACUUGACCCAGGAAUGGCUUUUGGGACAGGGGAACACCCAACUACGAAAUUGUGUUUGAUGUUGCUACACAGGCUGCUCCAUGGUGGAGAACUACUCUUAGAUUAUGGCACUGGAUCUGGAAUUCUAGGAAUUGCUGCGGUGAAGAUGGGAGCUUCCUCAUCUGUCGGAAUAGAUAUAGAGCCGCAAGCCGUCAUUUCUGCUCGUGAAAAUGUGGCAUUGAAUGGUAUAAGCUCCAGCAAAAUGUCGGUUUACCUGGUUCCAAACGCGACUGGCACCAGCAAUGCUGAUGAAGAGACCGAGAAUCCAGAAAAGAGGACUUUGCUUGGCUUUCAACCAGAUUGUUCAAAGGGGAAAUUUGAUUUUAUCAUAGCAAAUAUACUCCUCAAUCCUUUGAUCGAAUUGGCAGUCGACAUUGUUUCUUAUGGAAGGCCCGGUUCAAACAUCGGUCUAUCAGGAAUCCUAUCUGAACAGGUGCAACAAAUCAAGGAAAUUUAUUCUCAAUAUUUGGAAAAUAUCUCAGUAUCUGACAUGGAAGGAUGGGCCUGCAUCCAUGGUACAAAAAAAGAGAAGUUGGACAUGUAAAACCAUUAACCACCUGAAGGCUAACUUGUAAGGAAUAUCAAUGUCUCCUCGAGAUGGACAGUUGAUUAGCGUAUGGUGGUAUUGCCACCAUGUAAGGAAUAUCAAUAUAUUUUCGCAACAAGUAGAAGCAUACAUCCUCUAGAAUAUUGUUCUAAGUAUAGUUUUGUGUUGUAGUCAAUUAUAAUGGGAAUUCACAACCCAGGAAUACAAAAGUUUUGCAGAUCAUUGAGUGUUGGUACAAAGCCUGGGACAUAGUCGAGUUGGUGCUUAGGUGAUAGAGUUGUAUGGAGUAAAGUUGGAAUCUCCUAGGGUUCAUUGCUUUAGGGAAUAAAUUUCUCCCACUUAGGAGGCCGUUUGGUACCAUAAUUU